AUGCAAUGGCGUCCGGACAAAUGUGCCAGUAGAAACUCUUCUGUUCUUGGGGAGGCCAAGCAGAAAUUCCAGAAAAUUCAAGAAGCUUAUUCAGAUAGGAGAAAAAGAGUGAUGUAUGAUGCAUGGAUAUAUGAUCCUGAAGAUGUUGAGGGAUUUGCCGAUUUUCUUCAAGAAAUGGCCUCUCUCGUGAGUGAUGCCAGGAAAGAGCAACAACAAAAUGAAGAAGAAGCGGCGGUGUACUCCGCAGAUCCGACAGUGCCGACACCUUCGACGGCUGUGGCGGCGUCUUCCACGUGGUCACGGCGCUGGACUUUGAGGAGAGAAAGAGAGCGACGAGGUGAAGGUCCGACGGGUCACCACCGACACCCGGGCCAUCCUGCAGGCGCCGACUUAGAACCGUGCAUCGCCUGCUCUACAACUCCACCCUCGAGACAGCAACUUCGGCUCCUCCGGUGCUGCCAUCGUGGGCGUCGGGCCCUUCAUAUGUCCACACUGGCCCAAUUCGAUUCGUAUACUCUCCUCCUAUAUCUCUAUUUACCAUUGUGA